CACACAAGACGCAAAAACGCUUGCCGUGCGGCAAACACAACGCGAUAGUUAAUCAACGUGUCAUUUUCCUUUCAGAGCUAGAAUUGGAAACAGAAGUGGCAACAGCUAAAGAUUAUUUCAUCCCAAAGAUAGAGGUUCUUGCAUAUGACAAACAGACGCAUCAACGAAUCAUUGAAGAUAUAUCAGCUGAUGGACUUGAUGUACCUUUCGUCUUAUCAAAACACGAGUGCCGUCACGACGAAGUCCGUCUCAGUAUAUUAUGGCAGUACGUGGUGUAGCGACGUGGUGGACGUCAUAACACGACAACGUUCGUUGUCGUCGCGAGUAAAUCGAAGAAGCAAACUUGUCUCUUGCAUUAACGAAGACUCGUCGACUUCAUUUCAUCAGCUGUCGUUGUUAAAUUAUAUUUUCACCUGACACAUCUCCGAAUCGUGUGUCGAGAUUCGUGAGUUGUGUGCUUCAAAUCGAAUUGCAUCCGCAUUUCGUUCAGUUGUCACGAACGUGAGUUAACCAAAGAGAGAGAAAAAGAAAGGGAGAGGGGAGAGAGAAAAAGAGAGAACGCGACGAGACACGGCAUUGUCAUUAUCAAAAAUUCACGUGAUAUUUAGUAUUUUUGCAAACAUGGGAGGAGCAGUAAGCUGCGGGCAGGACAAUGAUGAAUUAGUGGAUAAUUUAAUGGAAUCUAAAUAUAUCAAAACAAAGAAGGUGGAACAAGUUUUUAGAGCUGUAGACAGAGCUGAUUAUGUGUUAUCCUCUCAUAGAGAUAGUGCUUAUAAAGACUUAGCUUGGAAACAUGGAAAUAUACAUCUGUCAGCUCCAUGUGUAUAUAGCGAAGUAAUGGAAGGACUUAGUUUUGAACCUGGUUUGAGUUUUCUGAAUCUUGGAUCUGGAACUGGCUACCUCAGUACAAUGGCUGGGUUGUUAUUAAAACAACAUGGUACAAAUCAUGGUAUUGAGUUACACGAAGAUUGUCUAAAAUAUGCAUAUGAAAGGCUAGAAGAUUUCAAACAAAAAUCAUUAGCAUUAAAUGAGUUUGAUUUUUGUGAACCAUUAUUCAUACAAGGAAACUGUCUCAGUAUCAUACCUGGCAGACAAUAUGAUCGGGUAUAUUGUGGAGCAGCAUGCCCUGAAAGUCAUGAGUUGUUUAUCAAGCAAUUUGUUCGUGUAGGUGGUGUACUAGUAAUGCCAUACAGAGAUAAUUUGAUCCGUGCAGAAAGAGUGAACGAGAAUACUUGGAUGCAUUACACAUUACUUCCCGUGUCGUUCGCUAAUCUAAUUGUACCUUCGGCAUCGGAACAUAAUUUACUUCACCUACCGGAGUGCGACCCCUUGUCCCUGCAAGAACUCUGCCGCGGUAAAAUUCGACGUCGUCUGCGUGAAAAUAUUUGGAAAGAGCAUCCCGAUCUCGAGACCAAGAAGCCUAUAAUACCGGGUCAACGAAAGCCAAGUCCUCAACAGCACACCCUCAGACGUUUCGUCAUACCUAUCUUCGAAGAAACCGAUGAAGUCCUGGACGACGAGGACCAGGAUUAUCCUAGCGCGUUGUCUGAACGUCGAACGCGCUUCCUGCUGAAUGUAGAUGCCGAUACAGGCGAGGCUAUCACCACGACUCUACAAUUGGUGCGCGCUGUCAUACAACCGAAUUUGACUGAAGAUCAGCGAGAAAAUCAGCGAGAGGAUGCGAGGACAGUCAACGAAGAUGCUCAAAAUGUUAGAGAAGCUACUCCGGAGAAUAGUCGCGAGAAUAAUCGAGAAGAUGCUCGAGAGAUUGCGAGCAGCACAAGCGCUGACGACGAUCAACACGAACAGAGACGAAAAUCCGCCAAGAUGAAUUCCUCUUUAAGCACAAAUAAUGGCACGACGGGUCACAGUUCCACCGAGUUCGCCGAUACAUCUGAUAACAGCAGUGAGACGCGGAACGAUAGAGAGAUAUCGUCGACCGCUGCGACGUAUUCCAACAUGAGCGAAAGUGAGAGUGACACCGAUCAAGAGAGUCCUUUCCUGCAAGGCAACAAAAUCUUGAAACGCAAGAAAACGGACAGUGGCAUAGUGGAAGAUGCGAAUCUCAGCAACGAGGAAGGCAGUCAACCCUCCAGUCAAUCAUCCAGCCAAUCUUUCAGUCAGUCCUCCAGCCAGUCCUUCAGUACAAACGCUAAUCACGAGGAUUCAGACGCUACUGACACAAUGGAUAUAGAUUUGCCUCCUAUAUCGAUCAAUAGGUCGUGUAAAAAUGUGUACGGUUCCCUAUCGAAAGACUCUACCUCCAGUGACAAAAAAGUUAUUGGCCAUUAUGUAGAUAACAACGCGUUCGCCGGUUUUAUGAGAGAGAAGAUACAACAGUUACCGUUGCCUUUCUCCGUGAAACUGUAUAUAAAUUACAAUCGAAAAUUCUAAAAUAAGCAAAAUAUCUUAUUCUCUUAUUUAAACAAAUAUAUAACUUUUUAUUACGCAGGACAA